AUGUGGAUGUUACGAACUUUAGCAUCAACUACGAACUACUAUUAUUGGUCACAUCCUCGUCCUGAAGCACGAUAUAGCCACGAUGAUUAUAGAUUUGUAGCUGCGAAUAUGGUUGAAGAUGCAGAAUAUCACCACAAACUAGAAAUUCAUCUACUAACCCCGUCUCCAUACUAUUCUUAUGAUGUAAUCAUGACUAAGAGCACAGUCGAAAGUUAG